AUGUUGCAGUAUCCUGGUGACAGCGUGGUGACAGGCUGGGGCCUCAUCAAUGGUCGUCUGACUUAUCUUUUCAGUCAAGACUUUACAGUCAUCGGAGGCUCUCUUUCUUCCAUUCAUGCAAAGAAAAUUUGUAAGAUCAUGGAUGAAGCUUUGCUCGUUGGUGCGCCUUUAGUAGGACUCAAUGACUCGGGUGGAGCUCGCAUUCAGGAGGGAGUUGAAUCUCUUGCAGGAUAUGCCGACAUCUUCCAGAGAAAUGUCAUGAGCUCGGGCGUCAUACCUCAAAUCAGCGUGAUCAUGGGUCCGUGUGCUGGAGGAGCAGUAUACUCCCCUGCUCUCACCGACUUCACGUUCAUGGUACAAGAUUCUUCCUACCUCUUCGUCACGGGGCCUGAUGUCGUCAAAACUGUCACCAAUGAAGACGUUACGCAGGAAGAACUAGGUGGCGCCAGGACCCACACGUCCAUCUCAGGCGUCGCUCACAACGCCUUCCACAACGACGUGGACGCCUUGCUCAGCCUGAGGUCCUUCCUCGGCUUCCUGCCUCAGAGCAACCAAGAUCCCGCGCCCGUACGCCGCGCUGACGAUCCAUGGGACCGGCCAGUGCCUGGUCUGGACACGGUGAUCCCGCUGGACUCGGCAGCGGCGUACAAUAUGCUUGACGUGGUGCAGGGCACGGUCGACGAGGGGCAGUUCUUCGAGAUCAUGCCCAGCUUCGCCAAGAAUAUCAUCAUCGGCUUUGCGCGAAUGAACGGCAGAUCAGUUGGCAUCGUCGGCAACCAACCCAAGUUCGCUGCAGGAUGCCUGGACAUCAACGCGUCAGUGAAGGCCGCUCGCUUCGUACGUUUUUGCGACGCGUUCAACAUCCCCAUCAUCACGUUCGUGGACGUGCCUGGCUUCUUGCCGGGCACUGCACAGGAGUAUGGCGGUAUCAUCCGACACGGCGCCAAACUCCUCUUCGCUUACGCCGAGGCGACUGUGCCCAAAAUUACCAUCAUAACUCGUAAAGCUUACGGUGGAGCUUAUGAUGUCAUGUCGUCUAAACAUCUGAGGGGCGACAUGAACUAUGCAUGGCCCUCUGCUGAGAUUGCGGUGAUGGGUGCCAAGGGCGCUGUGUCUAUUCUUUACCGCGGCCACGCUGACGCCCAGAAAUACGAGCAGGAAUACAUCGAUAAGUUCAGCAAUCCCUUCCCUGCGGCUCUCAGAGGUUUCGUUGACGAUAUCAUUGAGCCGAGCAGCACGCGUCGCCGCAUCUGUGAAGACCUUGACAAGCUAGCCAAUAAGAAGCUCUCUAAUCCUGCCAAGAAGCAUGCUAACAUCCCGCUGUAAUGAUCGCCCUCUUCGAAAGAGGCUUCCUAGGAACAUGAAGAUAGUUUUAGAUGCGAUGGAUUGAACGCAGUUAUUAAAUUUCAACUGAUACUCCUUCAGGCUAAUCAGCUAGAAUUUAAGUAGUUAUGCAUGAGCCAACACUAAGCUCUACAUGCAUGUAGUUGUUUGUGUCGAGCGAUAGGGAAGAAAUUUACUUGAAAAUUAAUUACGUUCUAGUUAAGAUAUGGAAUGUUUAAUGUUCUUUUACACAAUCGUGACGUUUGUUUUUCGUGUUCUGAAAUUGUGAAAUGCAAUGAUUGAUACAGGGUUAUUUUUAUCAUACUACCCUUUCAUACGUAUCCGUAAAUUCACGACAUUAUGUUACUUUUAGACGCUUGCUAUAAAUGCUGCUCUGUUGCGAUUGUUUUGAGAUUUUAUUGACGCAGUACAAAUGUAAUAACAA